AUGGCAACUCACAUGGUCAACCACUUGGUUCUUCUCCUUGCACUGAUAUUGCCAGCCGCUCCCACCAAGAGUAUCCCUUCGAGAAGUCAGGACCUUCUUGUUGCCAUUGAAGAGAUGCAGAGAGCCAACUACUUCACCUUUGUCACUCUGAUCAACAUGUCCCCAGCCGACCUCUUUCGUGCCAGGAACAUCACUUUUCUGAUGCCCAACGAUCGGUUGCUGUCGAAUGGCAUACUCUCAGGAACUGCUAUCUCCGACUUCUUGCUCUUGCAUUCCAUCCCAUCCCCUUUGCUCUUUGACUAUCUUGAGCACAUCCCAAGUGGUUCAAUCAUCCCAACCUCAAAGCCAGAGUUCGUGCUCAAGAUCAAAAACCAUGGAAGAAGAAGCUUCUUUCUCAACAAUGCAAGGAUCAUUAGCCCAAACAUCUGUAUCGCAGGAUCUUCAAUCCGAUGUCAUGGCAUUGAUGGGUUGUUGUCUGCAGAUAAGUUGACGUCAGAGCAUAAUUCUACAGUUCCUACACCAAAGUGUCCUAGUAGUAGUCCACCUCCUAUUGUUGCAGCAACACCUCCUGCCCUCGUGGGGCACUCGCCGCCAUCAUUACCGCCACCUCCGCCCAUCGCUCUUAGUCUUACCCCUUUGGUUGCCCCACCACCAGCACGUACGAACGUCCAUUCAGAAAAGUCAGCUUCUUCUCCAUGGCCAUCUUACAGAGGAUUAUUGCCCCUAGUGAUGCUCUUUGUUUUGGGGUUGUCAGUCUAGUGUUGAGGGGGAAUUUGAUAGAUGGCCUGAAUGGUACUACUUACAUAAAACACAAGGCAUGCAAUAUUGCUACAUCACCCAAAAUACAAGGCUCCCAUGCUGCACUGGGAAUUUAGUGGACAUGGUGUAGACAGGCUUGCUUACAUAAUAGUACUAUAUAUAUAUAUAUAUAUAGAUGUUGACAAUUGUACAUGAGUUAAUGAGCCA